AUGCAUAAAGAUCGAAGACAUUCGAUAUUUGACGACAAGAACAGAGCUGUUUUAGGCGAACUUCAUACAUAUUUAAGUAAUUAUGGUUAUUUACCUCGUUCUGAUUUGGAGACUCGAGCAAUGAGAACAGAUGAAGAAUUUCGUUCUGCAAUUCGACGUUUACAAACAUUUGCUUCAAUUCCUGUAACUGGUAAACUUGAUCAAACAACACUUGAUUUAAUUCGACGUCCUCGUUGUGGUUUAGCUGAUUAUGAACCAAAUCGUUUACCACGUCCUCAUACAUAUGGAAAUCGUCGUCGACGACGUUAUGUUUUACAAGGACAAAAAUGGGCUAAAACAUAUUUAACAUAUAAGUAA